AUGAAGAAGGAAUGUCUGCCGUCCCCACCGGUGCGCAAGCGCCGUAUGGCGACAAAGAUAUCGGGGGAUAACAAGGUAGAGAGACUAGAGGAGAAAGUGGAUGGGCUCGUCGCCCUACUCAAAUCUGUGACUCAGGAUGCUCCGAGCUCCUUCAAUGCCUCGGGUAUCAACUCCGUACUGGGAAGCCUGAUACAAGCCAGUUCCAGCAGCGAAGCGGAUGGGGUGAUAGCGGACAACAGUCAACAUGUUGAAUACCCAUAUGACAGAUCUGGGGUGAACGGAAGAAUGGAGGGCCCCUUUACCCCCACAGCCUCAUCUUCGUCCAGGCUCAAAUCCACGAACCAACUACCAUUUCUUAUCCAUCCCUAUCUCGAGCCUAGCGCAGAAGAGGCUGCAGCUUAUUUAGUUAGGUUUCGAAAUGAGUUCCAGGGUCACCUGCCUUUUCUCCAGGUUUCCUCAUCGAUGACUGCCCAACAACUCCGCCAGGAAAGCCCGCUGCUCUGGUUAAGCAUAAUGACAGUGGCAUCCACUCGCUCUACUCAACAGAUCAUGCUAUCAAAAGAGGUCCGUGGGGUCUUUGGGCGUGAAGCGUACAUUGAGGGGACGAGGAACAUGGAUUUUCUUUUGGCUGUUCUGGUGUACACCACCUGGUCUAUUUCGACCAGUCUCGUCCAGCUUGCCAUUGCUAUUUUGUAUGACUUGGGAUUGGACAAACGCCCGCCACAGGAUCCCGGUGUAACACUAGCCUACGUACUGAAAGGGUGUAAACUGUCUCAAUUUACGCGCUCUCCAACAUCCGAAGAGCGCAGAGCAUUACUGGGAUGUUUCCUAAUUAGCACAGUACCAACUUCUUGGGGGAAGGGGCAAAGCCUGCAAUGGACCGCAUAUUUUGACGAGUGUGUUCAUGUUCUUGAGGAGCAGAAAGAGUUGGCUUCCGACCUCCUUCUUGUCCAACUGGUAAAUCUACGCUCUCUUUCAGAGAAUGUCUCGGACCAUAUAGGGCUAAGCGCAGCUUCCGGGAUUCAUACGAUGAGACCCCAAGCUACAGUCUACCUCAAAUCGCUGGAGGCACGAAUGCGCAAUUUGAAGUCUAAUAUCCCGCAAGAGCUCAACAGAAAUAGAGUUCUGUUGCUGGAAAUCUACAAUACCGAGCUCAUGAUCCAUACAAUUGCACUCUCACCUGGAGUAAAUACAUUCCCUGGUCAACCCAAUCAGCGCUUUGAGUGCAUAUAUGCAUGCUUGCAGGCAGUCAAGUCCUGGCUAGGCACAUUUUCCAUGAUCCAGCCCGUGGAAUUUGUGGGAUUUUCGUCACUCAUGUAUGCGAACAUGAUGCGCUGCUUUAUUGGAAUUUAUCGCCUCGCAACGUGUAACCAUCCGGAAUGGGACCGAACCCUGUUACAUGAAGCGGUAAACCUUUCACGGGCAUUUGAGGAGGCAAGCAACAGCUUUGAUCGUGUGAAGGAAGUGGCGGGGCUGGAUCCGGAUGGUUCACAGGCACAGGAUUCUUUCAGCGUUAUGGCAACCAAGCUUCGAUCUAUGAAGAUGUCGUGGGAUGCCAUGCCAACACUGUUACCGCCGCCCUCUAUUGACGAACUUGAGAAUUUUACCAGCGAAUUCCUGGAUACUUGGAACUGGUAA